CGAUUGACCAGCGAGAAGAACGGGUAUGGACGCGCUGCACCACCUCACGUAUGGCGUCAAGGGCGUCGACUUUGUCGCUGUCUACGACACGACCGUGCAGCACAUUCCGCUGCGCAAGGAUCUCGCACACCUUCGGCCGCCACCGCCUCGGCUCACCGACAAGCGCGACAUCUUUAUCGGUGUCACCGCCUACCGCGACGGCGUCAAGUGCGGCUUUACGCUCUGGACGGCCUUUGCUCGUGCGGCCCACCCAGAGAAUGUCUUUGUUGGCGUUGUCGACCAGACCAUGGCCGAUGACGUUGCCUGCAUCGACGCCUACUGCGAACGCGCGCGCGAGACGUGGCCGACCGAGCCGUGCAAGUACAAGUCGCAGAUCGCGAUCGACGCGCGAUCGGCAACUACGUCCAAAGGCCCGACUGUCGCCCGCGCGCAGCUGUAUCCGCUCCUCGGUGACCAAGAGUUUAGCAUGAUGAUCGACUCGCACGUGCAGUUUGCGCAAAUGUGGGACGACUUGGUCAUUGCCGAGUGGGUGGCCACGGACAACGAGAUGGCCGUGCUCUCCAACUACCCGAUGGGCUUUGAGCAACUGACGGCCGAUGCCACGUUCACAGGCAACUACGGCUCGCACGUGUGCAACUACGUCUCCCGCCCCGGCGCCGACGCGGUCGUCUACUAUUCGGGGAUCCUCACCGCCUUCAACUUUGAGCGCCCGCUCUUGUCGGUCUCGUGGGCCGGCGGCUUUUCGUUUGGGAAGAGCCACGCGUGGCACCGCGCGCCCAUCGACCCGUACAUGAACUGGGUCUUCUGGGGCGAAGAGUUUUUACAUGCGUACCAGCUCUGGACACGGGGCUACGACAUGUACUCGCCGAGCCGAUAUGGCAACGUUGUCUUUCACAACUGGACCGACAACGGCGACAAGCACCGAUUCACCGACAAUGUGACGCUCGUGACGAGCCAAGACCAGCACAACCGCGAGGAAGCCAUGGCGUACAACCGGUUCCGGCUCAUCUUCCAGCAGUCGUUCAGCGGCGAGGUCGACUCCCGCGAGAUCGACAAGUACGGCAGCGGCACCGUGCGGUCCCGCGAGCAGUUCUUCACGUAUGCCAACAUCUCCAACACGGACGCCAACAAGGACUUUGCGGCGUGCAACCAACUGCACUUUGUGCCGUACGCAGACCCGACCGAGCUCGAGGCGCUGCUUCCAGGGUGGCGCUUUGCCGACUCCAACUUGGCGGCAAAGGACGUUGUCACGGUCAACAACUCGGUGCUCCACGACCUCCGACGCAAACUCGACGACGCCGAGACGACUGUGACGCAGCUGCGUCACGCUGUCGAAGCCGCGCGCCACGAGCAGACACAUGCGUUUCAACUUCUCGAGACGGCGCGCAAGGAGCUCGAAGAAAGAGAGCAAGCGACGCUGCGCGCGAUGCACCAAACGCUCGAGAAGGUCGCGCGGCAGAACAGCCGCAUGAUCAACGGCAUGAGCAUUCGCCUGCGCCAAAUCCAGCAAACGUCCACCCACGUCUAUAGCGAGCUCGCGCUCGUGGUGUUGAUGCUCGUGACGGUGCUCAUCGCUCUCUUUGGCCGCUGCUGGGGCAAGCGCAGAUCGAACGCCGUUGCUUACACCAAGCUACAAGCGACCGAGUAAGAGCUUCUGGCGCCAUGACUGACAAUCAGUUCUGGUUGCAAGACAUUAUCUAUCUUUUAAUUGAAUAUCUAUCUUUUUUGCGCUA